AGUGGGGCGCGAUGGAUGACGUCAGCGGGCGCCGCUGCUUACGUGCGUCCUGUACACAAACAGCGCUCGCUGCCUCCGAUCCCGAUCCCCAACCCCAGCCCGGCCCCGGGCCGCCAUCGUCCCGCCAUCCCCCGCCUCCUCUCCUCUGUAACCGGAGCCAACCGAUCACCAGGGGCGAGCCUUGCUGAAGCGAGCAGGCAGGCCCGAGCUUUGGCCUGGGCCCGCGGCACAGUGUCGGAGUGUCCGCCGGCUGCUGCAGGGCGCCGGCCUGCUCCUGCCUCUGCGCCAGUGCGGUGGAGCCACUGGGGAUCGGCGGCAGCAGCAUGUCUGGGAGCCCCGAGAAGAGCCUGACUGCCCAAGAGCUGAAGGAGCAAGGGAACCGCCUCUUCCUCAGUAGAAAGUAUCCAGAAGCCGCGGCCUCCUACAGCAAGGCCAUAAACCGUAACCCAUCUGUGGCUGUGUACCACACAAACCGUGCUCUGUGCUAUGUGAAGAUGCAACAAUUCGACAAGGCGGUGGCAGACUGUAAACAUGCCCUGGAGUUAGAUAGCCAAUCUGUUAAGGCUCACUUCUUCCUGGGACAGUGCCUGGUGGAAAUGGAGAAUUAUGAUGAAGCAAUCGGCAACUUGAAUCGAGCUUACAAUUUAGCAAAAGAACAAAGGCUGAAUUUUGGGGAUGACAUUCCAAGUGCCCUGAGGAUAGCGAAAAAGAAGCGCUGGAACAACAUUGAAGACAAAAGAAUACAGCAGGAGAAUGAUCUUCAUGACUACCUCUCCAAACUGAUCCUCUCAGAAAAAGAAAGGGAAGUGGAACAAUGUAAACGAAAACUCCAUGAAGAGACCCUGGAUGAUUCCCGAACACGAAUGGAAAUUACAAAGAUAGAAGUCAGACACGACAAGUACAUGAAUGAAAUGGAUGACUUAUUCUCGCAGGUGGAUGAGAAGAGAAAGAAACGAGAUAUUCCCGACUAUCUUUGUGGAAAGAUCAGCUUUGAGUUAAUGAGGGAGCCAUGCAUCACGCCCAGUGGGAUCACAUAUGACAGGAAAGAUAUAGAGGAGCAUCUUCAGCGGGUGGGUCACUUUGAUCCAGUGACUCGAAGUCCAUUGACCCAAGAACAGUUGAUUCCAAACCUGGCCAUGAAGGAGGUAAUCGAUGCGUUUAUAUCGGAAAAUGGCUGGGUAGAAGAUUACUGAACUGGAUUUCAGCCCAUCAGGACUUGCACAUUUGCACUACAGCAGCAUCUCGAUGAUUGGACUAACCAGAUGUGCGAGAGUGAGCAAGCCACGGAGAUGACCGACUGAGGGAGAGGGGAUGUGCAGGUGCCACCUGCACCUCUGUACCUGCUUGUGUUUAAAUUUAUUUUACAUGCAUGUAUAUAAAUCUUAUUUGCCAGAAGAACUCGGAAAAAUUAUUAAAGUGUUACUGGCUCUUUAAUAAUGCUUGGUGUAGUGGGGUGGGGGUUGGGGGGUAAUCUGAUUUACACGGUUUUGGAAUCUUUGAUUUUUAAAUUUAAAGAACAAAUUAAUUGGUUUCUUGUUCCAUACCAUAUUUGAGUGUGUUUUUGAUUGUAAAUGUUGGUAUGUGAUCCGACUGAAAAAUGAAAAUCUCUGACAUCAAAAUAUCUUGAGGCGACUUGUUUUAUGCACUCUUUGUGUUUCACUCCAAUGCCUUCUCUCCUUUAGAUUGCCUUGCUGUCAAAGUGUGCUGCCUUUCUGUUAGCACGCUGGCGCACCAACUAAAGUCCAAACGCAGAGUUCUCGAUUGUCACUAAAGGUACUCCUCUCAUCAGUGGUAUACCAAGAGAAUAACAAGAUCAGGGCAUGGAUUUUAUGUGUUUCAGUACUGAUCUGAGGUUCACUGCAGACAUUUUGUAUGUGCCUGGAGUUAGGACUUGUGGAGUGUGUGUGUGGACAAAAGACUUUUAUGGAGAUAUUCUUUGUGACCGCACACUAACUGGCCAUUUGGUUCAUUUGUGCCAGUACUUGAAGUAAUGGAUCUUGCAAGUCAGAAGCUAAAAGUCUGUAUUGGGUGCAAUGCACGAGUUUAAGUCUGCAGAAUAUUUAAAACAAGAGACUCUACCUUGCACAUAUACAUGGGUCAUUUUAAAUUAGCAACUAACUUGCCUAGCUUUAGUUAACAAGGCCAGUAUAAACCAUUCAAGGUAGAAUGUACUUGUAGCAAAUGUGACUGGAGUGUUUCCAUGCAGAUUCUGAAUACUUCACCAGAAAUGUUGGAAUACAGAAUUGUGUAACCUACUCUAUACACAGCCUGGUCGUCUCGUUCACUCGUUGCAUGCUCGUUCACUCUUCCACUGCUCCGCUCCUACAACUUGCAACAUUAAACAAGGCAACUGUUGGUGAAAAUUGCACAUCUUAGCUCUCUCACCUGCAGUGUUUCUUUCUCUGGCUUUUAAAAAGGAAAUCUCCAUAAACAUGUGCUAUCAGUCUGGGAGAUCCCUGACUUGGGUUGCUUUUAUUCAGUAUUUCUGUAAAUGAAUGAUUCCUAGAAAUUUUGUUUCCUUUUUUGAUAGUUUUCAGGAAAUUAGAAUAAACUUAGAACAUUUGAUUGCAAGUAUUGAGAUAUUCCCAUUUCCAAGGUGUUUUAAGAGAACAUUCAUUAUGUUAAUAAAGUUUAUAAAUAAUUGAAAUUUCGAUUAACAUGUAUAUUAUUCCAAUCCAUAAUUGUCCAUAUCUCUCCUCCACCGCUCUCUUGUACAGCUCUUGUAAACAUUAUUGACAGACUUAAGCAUCGUACUUGUGGAUGCUGGUUCCAGUGACCUCAGCCUUCAGUGAAUAUGUGAAGGGAUGGAAACAUAUGAUACAAACAUCCAGUUUGGGAGUGUAAUGGUAAUAGUUUGCUUGGCACUCCACUGGAACUUUGGUCACUCACUAACCCAUGACCAAUAUCUGACUGUGAUAUCCUUGAAUACGAUCAAGAAAUUGAGUGCAAGAUAUUAUUCUUGUGUAUUUGCUUUAGAUUGAAUAUUCUAACUUCAUAUAAUAUUGCUUUGUCAAUGCACUAGUAGUGUUUGGUUUUAGUUCAUUAUAUGUUUAAAAACCCACUUUUUUUGAUACACAUAUUGUUGAAGAUAGCAAGAGGCCUGGAAUUGUUAUGAUUUCCAUUCAGUUUUACAGUGCAAAUUAAAUGACUAUUCUAUUGGUUUCCAGCCAGCUGAGAGGUCUCCUUAUUAUCUUGCGUACAUCUUAAUAAAUGGUCAAUAGAGUUAACACUCCCACCUCCGAAUCCGAGGGUUAUGGGUUCCAAUCCUAGUCCAGUGUCCUGAGCCCACACAUUAAUUCUGAAGGAGUGUUGGCCUAUUAAGUAGAGGUCAUGCCCAUCCUAACAGAUGUAAAGGAUCCAUUGACACCGUUUCAGAGAGCAAGGCAAUUACACAUGGAUUCCUGGCCACUGUUUAUCACACAAUAAGAUUACUUGCCAUUUUCACAUUGUUGCUUGUGGUAGCUUGAUGUAUUCAAGUUGAUUAGUGUAUUAACUACAUCAGUGAUUACAUUUGAGUAAAGACUAUUGGCUGCCAGUGGGAUAUUGUUAAGGCAUAAAGUUCCUCCAGAAAUUGAAGUGUGGAAUUUUUGAAGAAUUUGAUGAAACCUGAAGAUUGCCUCAGAUUAUCCUUAUGAACUUUUGACCAUACGAGGAAUACUUCACUGCACUAAUCUCGAUUCAGGAGGUGUUACUUUGCAUUCCUGCAGCUGAGAAGACGAAUAGUCGAAUUAUUCACUCAAUAUUGCUCUAGCUUUAGACAUAAUUUUCAAGGCCGGGCAGACUAUUUUUCCCAAACUCCUGCUUAUCCACCCUUCUCUACCCUGAUCCAAAACAAACGGAAGAUGGCUCACAAUUGCUUUGGCUUUAUGAUUGUUAUUCAGACCAUUUGAUCAUCGUUUCGGAUUGUUGAACCUUGACCCAUAUGAGGAAACUAGACCUGCAUGGGGAGAUAGUGUAUAGAAUCCAGUUAAAUAUGCAAAAUAACAAGUCCAUUGCUUUGCCAUUGGUAACUACUCAAAGAUGCCAAAUGUAAUCUUUCAUGAAUUGCAUUGAUUUUAAUUUUCCUGAUGAAAUAUUUUUUAAUCUCAAUUCGUUGUGAAUUUGGGAUUACUUUAGACAAAAAUUGAAUUGAAACCACCCCGUUAUUCUGAAUUGGAUUGAACAUGUACUACUUAUGGGCCUAUGUUCAUAUGAUAGUAUUUUGAUGUCAUGAAUUUCAGACGUUAAUUAACAAUGUGACCUGAUCAGUAUCUGACCAGCAGUGAAACUGUGAUCAAAUAAAGUAAGUCCCACUUCAAUGGGUGAUGCUAAUUUUUUUCAACGUGGUUUAUUUUUCUCCUCGGUUACACAGGUCUUUUGGGUAGAUUUCAAUUCUUUUAGCCCCCCUAAUCGUAAACUAGAGGCUGACAGAUAAUCUCCCAAGGUUCAAAACAAAAAUAUAAUCUAUUUGGAAGAUGUUUUUCAGUCCUCACUUGAAAGAUAGUAAGACUAAAAUGCUGGAGAAACUCAGCGGGUGAGGCAGCAUCUUUGGAGUGACGGAAUAGGUGAUGUUUCGGGUCGAGACCUGAAAGGUAGUAACAUCAGUUGUGAAUAAAGGAGUUGUGUAUGAGAUACAUUGGCUUUAAAAUAAUCUAAGUUUACUUCAAUUUGUUACUGUUUUCUUAUUCAGGGGAUACAUUGGGUCGAGAGGGCAAGAGUCUACAUUGUGAUGCAUGAUAUGGAAUAUGGUGGGAAGGGGUUAAUGGAUCUUUUACUGUAAAUCGUUGAUAAAACUUCUCUUUACCAAACGGCUGUAUAUACUCCAUUGCACGGCCCAAAUAAUGCCAGAUAAUAAAUGUUCUGAUGAUAUCAGUCGAGUAGUGAUCAAAAUGAAUUAGAUAUAAAUUGUUAUUGUUUGUAACAUGUUUAUCCUUCUCAUAUUCAAGGAACAGUGGGGAAAGGUACGCCAUUGACAAUGUAGUACUAAACAAAUGUGAAUACAUGAGCUCAUAUUCAUGAUUUAGUCACAUAAAGAUGCCUGCUAAUGGCUUCAUGUUACUCUAACAUGGAAGAUGCACAAUAAGUAUACAUUGUGUAGAAACAGAAUUACAGUUGCUGAUAUACAAAAAAAGGACACAGUGCUGGAGUGGGUCAGGCAGCAUUUCUGGAGGACAUGGACAGGUGACGUUAAUGUGGGCUGGAGAAAGCUGGGAGAGAGGCUCAAAUUGUGUACAUUAUAGCUUGAAUUAUAUGUUUGUGGUUACUAGCAAAGAGGAAAACUGAGAAGGAUGGAACAUUUCUGUGCAGAUAGUGAUUGUAGCGGAAGCAUUUAAAACCAGGAGACAUAAGUUAUGAUUUGGAGGGGAUCUGAGGACAAAUGUUUUACCCAGGGGAUGGUUGGAAUCUGAAAUGCACUGGUUGAUAGAGACUGGUACCCUCACAACAUUUAAGGAGCAGCAUAACUUGAAUUGCCUUGGCUUAGAAGGCUGCAGGUCAAGUGCCAGUAACUGGAAUUAGUAUGGAUAAGUAGCUGAAAGUCUGCAUGGACAUGGUAGACCAGAAGAAUUUUGUUGCUGCUGUAUGACUCCAUGGCAAAAAAACAUACUGAUAUACGAGGACAUGUUUUGUUUUUACAUUCAAAUGUUUAUUUUUUUUUCAGUUUGUCCAGUUUGUUUUUAUUACAGUAAUAUUUAACCUUUUCUGUAGCCUUCGUCCUGAGAAUAACUUAAUCACAUGGAUAUCUAGUUCACAGAAUCUGACUGAUUCAUUAUUGUGCUCAUUUUGGUGGCUCCAAAACGAGAAGUUGAAAUGCAAGAGCAGCAGGUAAAAAUAAUGGUUAAAGUGCCAGGAAAUGUUUCCAAUAUUCAAGUACCCUGUACUGAAAAUCAUCAGGUUGCAAUUUGUCUGUCUUUAAGUAUUCUAAAGGUACUAUGAAAACAUUGUCAUUGGAAUAUAACAUUUAGAACUAAUAUUAAAGGUCUGAGAACAAUCUAUCAUUAAUGGACUAAUAUCCUGAAUGUUCUAACGUUACUUAAAUGUGUCAGUUAAUGUCACUUUUACGUGUUGUGCUUAAUUCAUUUGAUGGUUAUAAAAGUCUUGGUGUAAACAUUAAAUACUUUUGACAAAUUCAUUUCUUACUACAAAAUAAAUUAUUGUAACACC